AUGGGCCAAGGUUUCAAGGGCCUAAUGGUCCAGGCCCAAAACUCCGCCCACUCUUCGUCUCCGGCGGUUCAAGAUUCUCCUUUUUUCAAUUAUCUUAGCAAUCUCUCUCCUAUACAGUCAGUUAAAGCAGCACGUUAUGCGCAGAGGUUUUUUGAAUCUCGUUUUCCAACUCCACCACCAGUUUUUAGAUCACCCCAUGUAGAUCUGCAGCGAGAAACCAGCUUUUUGAAAAGCAAUGAUGUAGAUGCAGGAGGUUCAGAUGUUUAUGGAUAUCACAGUAAUCAAGUGAAUAACAAACUUAUUGCUUGCUUGCAAAAGGAAGUCCAGCCUUCGAGUCCUUCCGCGUGUGUUGAUGAAUAUCUGACUGAUCCUGUAGAGGUUGAAGACUCUAAGAUCUCUGCUGAUUUACGUGUGCAACCUACUAAUAAUGUGGGCCAAUUGUUACGAUGUGGCUUUACUGGCCCCAGAGAAAACAUUCGAAAAGUUAAUGAUGCUAAUAAUGGAAACCCAGAGGAUUACGUCCUUAUGUUGCCCGAACAAUCUAGAGUCAAUAUGCCUAGUUCACUGAAUUUGGUUGAAACUGCAGAUUAUCAGGCUGAGUCUAGUACGUUACCUGUUUCUGGUGCAGAAAAUCCUGAGCAGCAUGUGACUCAGAAUGCAGGUAUUCAACAUAAUGAACAGGAUGGAAGUUGCCAGUUGUUGCCUGAAUCUUUGCAGAGCGUUGAAGCCCAUCAAGAUUGUUCAGACAGCUCAAGACCAGUGUCAAAAGGAUCCUUUAAGGAGGCUACUUUGUACCAACGUGGUAUACGUAGACAUCUUCAGUUUGAGGCUCCAGUGGUCUGCAAGAGUACUACUACUCAUAAGAGCCAUAGUUCUCACAAUGUAAUUCAAGAAGUUGAUAAUUCAAAGGUACCUGCUAGCCAUACAGACUUGGAGAGUUUGAUAUUUUCUGAUGUUGAUCCAGGAGAGGUGUCCAACGGUAGGGAGUCAAUCAGCUACUCCCCAACUAUAGCUUCUUGGACUUCUUUCAGCUCAUCUGAAUUUGUUGGUUCCAAUCAACAUAGUAGAAGCCUUGCCAUCUCAGGUCCCAUUCCAUCUGAUAGUGGUUUGCAUUUAAAAAGCAUUGGCAGAUCAGGGCCCAUGGACUCAGAUCUUAUUCCACGUUUGAAAUUGUCUGGUUAUAUGAGUUCUAAAGAUCAUGGGCGGAGGGAUUGUUUAGCAAAGGACUCAAAUAGAUCAUUAUUCUCACCUGAAGCUGGGGAAAUUCAUGCUCAUGUGGACAAUUAUCAGCAAGAUAAUCAAACUUUUGUUGAAACCGGUUCUGCUGCUUCUCAGUGUAAUGAAAGUAUGAAAUCACUGUGUGAUUCUCUGCAUAUGACUCCUUCUAAGCAGGGAGUUUCCUCUGAGUGCAGGAUACUCAUUUCACGAAAUACUGAGAGGGUUGAGGAGUUAAACCAAGUGAGCCCCAAGACAAAAAGGAAAAAGGCCAUAAACGCUGGUGAAGGUGAUGGCUGCAAACGAUGCAACUGUAGGAGGUCCAAAUGCUUGAAACUUUACUGCGAGUGCUUUGCAGCUGGGGUCUUUUGUGUUGAUUCUUGUGCAUGUAAAGACUGUUUUAACAAGCCUGAAUAUGAAGACACAGUUCUCGAUUUGCGACAACAAAUUGAAUCGCGUGAUCCACUUGCAUUUGCUCCAAAGAUUGUUAAGCAUGCCACCAACUCACCAGCAAAUAUUGUGGAAGAUGGAAACUGGACAACUCCGGCCUCAGCCAGGCACAAAAGAGGAUGCAAUUGCAAGAAGUCUAAGUGUCUUAAAAAAUAUUGUGAAUGCUAUCAGGCUAACGUUGGAUGCUCUGAUGGAUGCCGGUGCGAGGAUUGUUGUAAUUCAUUCGGCAAGAAGGCAGAUUCAGUAUACCGAAGAGUUCAAAGAUGGGAUAAUCCAUCUGCUGAUGGCACCAAGUCUGGGACAUUAAAACAGUUUUCGCCAAGAUGGGAAGAUCUUCCAGAUAUAAGCCAUUUCACCCCACUGUCUCUUCCAUAUGCAAAGGUUUUGGCUUCUUCAGCUUCACCUAUAAGCGACUAUCAAGAAGUUCCACAUGCUCAAUUGCAUCAGGGAAGUACUCUCAAGUCAUCAUCUGGGCACCGCCAUUGGCACAGUUCAAUGAGUUUUAUGCCACAUUUAUGCGAGAGCAGUGCUGGUCAUGGCUGCAGUUCUGACAGUGCCUUCCAUGACUUACUGAAAGAUGAUGAUAUGCCUGAGACACUCAAGGAAACUUCUACACCGACCAAGACAAUCAAGGUUAGCUCACCAAAUCAGAAACGUGUAUCUCCUCCACAAUCUCGAUCACAGGAGUUGAGGUCAAGCUCUUCUCCAGGCCUGCGAAGUGGGCGCAAAUUCAUUUUGCAGGCUAUGCCAUCUUUCCCUCCUCUUACUCCAUACAUGAAGUCAAAAAAUGAUACUGGCCGCAGUGAUUUGAAAGGUGAAGCCAGUGAUCAUUGAUUUACAGAGCUAGAGAAUGGUUUAGUUACAACAGUUUUAUUUAUUACAUUAUAAUAAAAUAUUAUAUAGCUGGGUUUUAUUCUCAAAAGCACACUAUGUAAUCUGUAAGUCGAUAACUGCUUUUUUCUCGGACAAGCUAUGAAAACUUGUAUUGCCCAGAUACUGCUAUAGGAGUGUUGGUAGAGUUCUAUAGUGUUGCAGCGCCAGUAGCCUCUGGUGAAAGGACUUCCUGUAAUUAUCAUCUGUAUAUAGAUCUAUAAUAUCAAACAGUUCUGCCGUUUUCUGCUGGCCAAC